GUACUUGUCGGCUGGUUAUUGUCAAUCACGUUUUGUCAACUGUUAACUAUAAACGUAUAACCUACAACUCAGUGUUUUCUUAUAAAAAAACGGAAAUAGUGUACUGUACAUAAUGUGGGGAAAUGACUCAACAACUGAAAGCGGAGGUGGUGGCGGCGGUUUCAUGGACGAAAGCUACUCCACCGCUGCUCCUCAAGCUGAUCGUGGAGAAACUAAACGUAGCAAUAAUGUUAUACCUUUAAUGAUCUCGGAUGUCCAAAAAGCUGGAAGACAUGGUAAAACCAUUUGGGGAAAAGGUCUCAAUGUUAUUUGCGUCGUUGGUUUGGUCAAAGAAAUUUCGUCACAAACGACUAAGAUAGGAUACAAUAUCGAAGAUGAAACUGGUACAAUAAUGGCCUUUAAAUGGCUUGAAGCAGAAAGUAUUCCACCCGAAGGAAUAGAAGUAGGAAUGUACGUGAAAAUUCAUGGGACUGUUAGAGAGCAAGGCGGUGACAACUGUCAUGUUUUUGUCAUGAAAAUAAGGCCCGUUAAAAAAUAUGCUGAGGUGUUUUCUCACCUGUUAGAAGUCAUUUCGAUUAGUGCCAACUUGAAAUAUCCUAAAAAUAGCUUGCAAGGUAAAGGAGUUGAAGCGCCGACUAGCAACAAAGCUGAAGAUGAGGAUAUGAACGAUGAUAUUUGCCAUGGUUUAACUAAUGAACAAAAAGUUUUAUAUAAAAUAAUUAAGAGUCACGAUUCUGAAAACGGUAUCGAGCGAAAUUAUUUAAAAACUCAGGUACCUAAAAACUUGGAGCCUAAAGUUGAUGUAAUGCUGGACUUCCUUGCGUCUGAAGGACAUAUUUAUACAACUUGCAACGAUGAUUUUUUCAAAGCUACUUAAAAAAUAUUUUUAUUUGUUUUUCUACUUUCAAAAAGACAUUAUUCUUGAUUUUGUAAAAAGGUCGAGUUUUAUAAACGUAUUUGGUAAUAAGUAUAUAAAAAGGCUUUCGAGCAAAUGUUGAAAGAUUUUUUAAUUUACAUAGCAAGUCAAGUGAUAUAAUUUGUAUUAAUAAACAUCGGUUUACUGAGAAAGGAUCAAAGCAGCGAUAAUAAUUCAUUCAUCGUAUCUAAGUCAAACUUAUUGUAAAAGUUAAGAUUUUUCUCAGCCACCAAUUAAACUAAUUUUCUUUGUACUUCUUGCAAAUAGUUUUAUAAUACUUCCGAAGAAUUGUCGAGGGUAGAGAUUCAAAAACUUUUUAUGUUAUUGGUUAAAUUAUUUGUAAUACACAAUCACUUAAAAUAAAGCCUAAACUUUGUAUA